UAAAGAAUUUACCAAAACCCAUCUUUUUUCUUCUCUUCUCUCUUGCUUUCUUUCAUACUGUCUCUUUUUCUCUGUCAAAACAUCAGUCUAUUCAAACUUGCCUUUGCUCUGCUGCUGCAACAACUGAUCAAGCAAUCACGUUAUUUACAAGCAAGGACCUUAAGUUUCCAGUUUUUCCACUCUCAUUUUGCAUAUUUUACAUGAUCUUUAAGUUGAAAUUAUGACGAGGGUAGGCCGUGAUUUUGGAGAUACAAUGCAAAAGGAGGCAGUCCCACCAGUUUCAGCUGAUGUGGUGUUUACUUCUAGUCGGUUUCCAAAUUACAAGAUUGGAGCAAACAAUCAGAUUGUGGAGGUGAAGGAGGACCCCAAAGUUUUAUCUAUGAAAGAGGUGGUUGCAAGGGAGACCGCCCAGUUGCUGGAGCAGCAAAAACGCCUCUCAGUUCGGGAUUUGGCCAGCAAGUUUGAGAAGGGCUUGGCUGCAGCUGCCAAGUUGUCUGAUGAGGCAAAACUCAGAGAGGCAGCUUCUCUGGAGAAACAUGUCUUGUUAAAGAAGCUUAGAGAUGCACUUGAAGCUCUAAGAGGACGCGUUGCUGGCAAAAACAAAGAAGAUGUAGAGGAAGCUAUUGCUAUGGUUGAGGCUUUAGCUGUUCAGUUGACCCAGAGGGAAGGAGAGCUAAUUCAGGAGAAGGCAGAAGUCAAAAAGCUUGCAUCUUUUCUGAAGCAGGCUUCUGAAGAUGCUAAAAAACUUGUUGAUGAAGAAAGAGCUUUUGCUCGGGCUGAGAUUGAGAAAGCCAGAGAAGCAGUACAAAGAGUUGAAGAGGCUCUUCAGGAGCAUGAACGGAUAUCCCGGGCUUCAGGACAACAGGACAUAGAUGAGUUGAUGAAGGAGGUUCAAGAGGCUAGACGGAUUAAAAUGCUUCAUCAGCCUAGUAAGGUCAUGGACAUGGAACAGGAGCUUCUGGCAUUGAGGCUUCAGCUUGUAGAAAAGUCGAAGCAUUCACUGGUGCUUCAGAAAGAGUUGGCAAUGAACAAAAGGAGUGAGGAGAACAUGUAUGAAUUAGAUGGCACUGAAGCAUUGGGCUCAUAUUUGCGGAUAUGUCCAUGCUCAGAGAGAGCUCUAGAAUUGUCAGAAUGUUCAUUUCAGUGGUACCGGUUAUCAUCUGAAGCUGGGAAAAAGGAACUUAUUUCAGGCGCCACUAAAUCAGUUUAUGCACCUGAGCCUUUUGACGUUGGUCGAAUUUUACAUGCUGAAAUAAUAUCAGAUGGCCAAAUGACAACGGUGGCAACUACUGGUCCUAUUGAUCCUGCUCCAGGAUUAGGGAACUAUGUGGAAGCAUUGGUCCGGAGGCAUGAUAUUGAAUUUAAUGUAGUUAUUGUGCAGAUGAAUGGCUUAGAUCAUUCAUCACAGUCGAUACACGUGCUUCAUAUUGGAAAGAUGAGAAUGAAACUUCAUAAGGGCAAGACUACAAUGACCAAAGAAUACUAUUCCACUUCAAUGCAGCUUUGUGGCGUUAGAGGUGGCGGAAACGCUGCAGCUCAAGCUGCUUUUUGGCAAGCAAAAGUAGGGCUUUCCUUCGUAUUAGCGUUUGAAUCGGAAAGAGAGAGAAAUGCAGCCAUCAUGCUUGCCAGGCGUUUUGCCUUCGAUUGCAAUAUCAUGCUUGCCGGGCCAGAUGAUAGAGCUGCUCCAGCAACUUGAAAAUGGUACCUGGUUCUAUAGCAGAUGUAAUUAUACUGAUUUCCAUAAUACGAGUUUGCAGUAGGAAAUAGAUUUAACCUUUGAUUGUAAUGUGGGUUUUCGCCACCUCUUUCAUUUUUUUCUUUCAAUUUUUUCCUUUGUAUUUUUUCUUUUUUUGGGUUUCCCCCUACUUCCUAGGCGAGGCAGGCUUUUUCUUAUUAGCCUCAAGCUGGUCGAAAAGAGCAAAGUAUAUUUGUGCACUACUUUCAUUUCGAUUGAAUGAUGAUUGACAUUGGAAGGACAAGAAAAGUAUGCUGAUGAUUGCUGUCUUCUUACCAUUUUUUCCCCUGAAAAGAGGACUAGUGAUUCCUCA